AACGAUGAAAAGCUCUAAAAUAUGCAAACCAUGAUAACCACAUUAUCACAAUUGAACGGUGAUUGAUAGCAGAACAUUUAUGUUAUUUAUGAAUUUAUGACAUUUUGUGUGUAUAAAAGAAGAGUGCUAAUCUCGCACUUUAGAGAAUAUACAGCAAGCACAGAAACAGAAGCAAAGUUCGUAACUGGGGCUGAUAACAAGAUGAAUUCACGGAUUACGCUGGCUUUCUUUCUUGUCUUCAUGUUGGCCGUUCCCUACUCUGUGUUAGCCCAAUAUGGCUGUCCCUUUUGGUACGGUUGUGGCAAAAGACAGGUGAGUGACGAAGCAACGCUGCCAAAAAAUCGACUUGCAGACCGUCUACGUACGCUGAGAAACUCCCGUCCCAGGCCUGAGGAAGGAAAAUCAAUGAAAGACGAAAGAGGACUGAACAGCAAAGCAUUUCCUGAAGGCUCAUGGGAAUAAUAUGGCGACUAAAAGUCUAGGAAAUUAAAAGAAAUCAUAUUUAGAAAUUUAAUGUACACUGCUUAAGUUACCUAACAGAUUAAGUUAUUUCUUGGUAUUGAAUUUUCUUAGCGGUUGUAAGUAAAUAAUAUACUCUUUUAGUCUUUAGCCGCCAUAUUGGUUUACAAAAAGACAGAUAUUUAGAUAUGAAGUGAAUACCAUGUAGGUUACCAAGUUAAUAAAUAUAAUCAUCAGUGUUGCAUUAA